CAACUUUAAUAACUUUAUAUGUGACCUUUCCGUUUUCACCGACAUUCUUUUAUGAAAUUAACUCUACGAAUAGCACGAAUAGCACCCUUGGAUUCAGUCAUAUUUAUGUCAUAAAUCUUGUUCACCGAACAGAUAGGCGUCAUAAUAUGGAGGCUAUUGCGAAUGCUCUUAGCUUGGAUUUUGAUUUUUUCACGGCCAUUUCCUAUGAUAACGAAACUCUUAACGAGUAUAAGAGUGAUUUGUCACCUUCUCACAAAGCUUGCUACGUUAGUCAUUAUAAAGUUUGGGAAUUAAUAGCCCACCAGAAAUAUGAGAGUGCCUUGAUUUUAGAAGACGAUGUAGACUUCGAAAUGAACAUAUCAUCAAUUGUAUUUAAAGUUCAUCGUGACUUGCCUGUUAAUUGGGAAAUGGUAUAUCUUGGACAUUGUUCUAACGAAGGGGAUUAUUUCUUUAAAUUUCACCAUUGGUUUAAUAAAUCUUUGUAUAAACUGUUCAAAUCCAACGUUCCAGUUUGUACACAUGCCUAUGCUGUUUCAUCUUUGGGUGUCUCCAAGAUACUAAAAGAACUUAUCGACCCAAAAGAUCCGAUUGAUUGGGCAUUGAUCAAUAAAAUUCAAGCGGGAAAAAUCAUCUCAUAUAGCCUACAGCCAUCAGCAAUCGUUCAAUGGAAAUCUUCUGUUAACCCAUCAGAUGUUUCCCCCGGAGCAAUGGACGCACCAUGGGCUUUGGAAAAUUCCACCAUGAAUUUUCUUGGUUUAACUUAA